AUGUCUGCAGUGACCAACGGAUCUCAGUACGACUUCAUCGUCGUCGGCGGAGGUACUGCCGGAAACACUAUCGCAGGUCGUCUGGCCGAAAACCCCAAUGUCCAUGUCCUGGUGAUCGAGGCCGGUAUCGACAACCCUCACGAGGUGGAGGACAUCACCACCCCCUCCAAGGCCUUCGGUCUCCGCGGCAGCAAGUAUGACUGGGCUUACAAGACCACCAUGAUCAAGCGCGAGGACUACGAGCGGGUGGAGAAGCCCAACACUCGCGGCAAGGUCCUCGGCGGGAGCUCCUGUGCCAAUUACUUCACUUGGAUUCCCGGAUCCAAGGCCACGUUCGACGACUGGGAGGAGUUUGGCGGUCGCGACUGGACCUGGGACAACUGCGUGGAGUAUCUCCGCAAAUGUGCAACGUAUCACGACGACGAGAAGCUGUACCCCUCGGAUCUGUCUAAGAUCGGAACCGGUGGGCCUCUGCAAAUUUCACAUGCGGAGCUUGUCCCCGAAAUGCAGCCCUUCCGGGAUGCCCUCACCGAGGCCUGGGUGUCAAGUGGGGAGCCACUGACCGAGGAUAUCUUCUCCGGCGAGAUGCACGGUCUCACCCACUGCGUGGAUACCAUCUACAAGGGCCAGCGACAGGGCAGUUUCCUGUACUUGUUGAACAAGCCCAACGUGACCGUCUUGUCUUCGGCGCAAUCGAAGCGUCUCAUCAUCGACCCGGCGACCCGCGUCUGCUCCGGCGUGGAAGUCAUCAACCCGGCCACGGGCGCCGAGAUCAGCUUGUAUGCCACCCGCGAGGUCAUUCUCUCGCAGGGUGUCUUCGAAACGCCCAAGCUUCUGAUGCUCAGCGGAGUGGGUCCCGCCGAGGAGCUCUCCAAGCACGGAAUCGAUGUCGUUCUGGACUCCCCGCACGUUGGUCAGCACCUUCUGGACCACCCUAUCGUGCCUUUCGUGCUGCGGAUCAAGGACGGCUUCGGUCUAGACGACCACCUGCUCCGUGCGGGUCCCGCCAACGACGCCGCCGUUGCUGCCUAUCGGCGCGACAAAACUGGGCCCGUCGGUUCCGGUCUGCUGGAACUGGUUGGCUUCCCCCGUAUCGACGAGCGGUUGAACCAGUACCCGGCUUACCAGGAGGCGAAGGCCGCCAACCAGGGCCUGGACCCGUUCGGACCCGGCGGCCAGCCUCACUUCGAGCUGGAUUUCGUGGGCAUGUUCAGUUCCGCGUUCCAGUGGCAUUAUCCCGUCCCCAAGCAGGGCAACUACAUGACCGUCAUCGUGGAUCUGCUGCGACCCGUGUCGGAGGGCGGCGAGGUCACUCUGAACAGCUCGAACCCCCUGGUGCAGCCCAACAUCAACCUCAACUUCUUCGGCAGCGACUUGGACGUGCUGGCCAUGCGGGAGGGCGUUCGCUGGACCUAUGAUGUAUUGACCAAGGGUUCUGGGUUCAAGGACAUCGUGGAGCAGGAGUACCCGUGGGAAAUGCCGCUGCACUCUGACGAGGCGAUGAACAAGGCUGUUUUGGAACGCAGUCAGACCGGAUUCCAUCCCUGCGGAACGGCUCGUCUGUCGAAGAGUGUCCACCAAGGUGUGGUUGAUUCGAAGCUUCGAGUGCAUGGCAUCCGUAACCUGCGCGUCGCCGAUGCGUCCGUGAUCCCGAUCAUUCCCGACUGUCGUAUCCAGAACUCGGUUUAUAUGAUCGGAGAGAAGGGCGCCGACAUGAUCAAGGCUCAGCACAAGGAUCUGUAUGAGAUGAAGAACAUUGCGUAUUUCGUGCCCAGUCGAUUGUAA